AUGAAGUUCCUUCUUCUAUCUCUUCUGGCUAUUGCAGUUCUUGCCAAGAAGAAAGGCGAUGAGGAAAUCAAGGAUUUGUCUCACGGAUACCCAAGUGCUAUAGAAUGGGUUGAGUUUGACAAGGCUAUCGGAAUCGCCAAGGACUUGAACAAACCAAUUUUCUUCCUCAUCCACAAGACAUGGUGCGGAGCUUGCAAAAAUCUCAAGAGAGAACUCAAAAGCUCUCCAAAAACUGACGAGCUCAUUAUUCUCUCCCGCAAAUUUGUCAUGGUCAAUGUUGAGGAUGAUGAGGAGCCAGAGGACCCGAAAUAUGCCCCAGAUGGUGGAUACAUUCCAAGAAUUCUUUUCCUAGACACUGAUGGAAACCCACUGAAGACCAACAAUGAGCAAAAGUACAAGAACAACAAGUACUUCUACCCACUUCCAGCUCAAAUUAUCGAUGGAAUGGAGAGAGCUCUGUUGGAAUUCGGAUCUGAUGAGCCUAGCUCAGCGUCUUCAGUUGAAGCUUCACCUAAAUUCAUUUUCAUGUUCUUUCUGUUCUUUCUCAAAGACGUAAGAGAUUGA